AUGAUCGUCAAGUUACUGAGUCUUGUCACAGAAACAUCUCCAACCAGGGAAAGGUGGCGCCAAGCUGACCGCCACGAUUACGAAUCAAGCACUGGGACGGAAGACCAGACGGAAUAUCAAAGCCAGACAUAUGAGUCCGCGGCAGCGCUGGAGGCUUCCAGUGCGAUAGACCCACUGAAAAUAUUCAAGGAUUUUGCUGCCGACGAAGGCAAGGGAAAGGGGCAGGCUAAGUCGUUUUCCGUCAACUCUUUUAUUCCUACCCAUGACUUUUUACAGCUGCCUAAGUGGCAACCUACUGAGGAAGAAAAGAUGACCUGCAUCAAAGACCACCGUAAGGCCCAAGCCCUGCUGCAAACGAAGUCCUCUUACAAUCUCAACCUGGCGGCUGCAAGGCCACAGAAGACUGAGAAAGAUGAAGCAGAUAAGGAGCAUCGGGAGCAACUUGUCCUUGAGCGUGUAGAAAAGGCCGAGAAAGAUCGAAAAUGUCGACAAGUCAAACAAGCCAAACCAAGAGAUAAUCUGGAACGUUUGAUGCCUGCCGGGCUAAAAAACACAUACGCAAGUGGUACACACUCAGGUGUAAUUGGAGUGGGCCAGGCCCUAGACCCACAUGAGUGGUUACAGACAGAACAGGCCGACACUCACGACGUUGAUGCCCCCAUAGUCUCGAUUGCGCCAGCUAUCCUUGGUCCCGUUCCAUCUCGUGAAACCAUGACCUAUCAGAGCAGAGCCAAAGCUGAUUAUGAUGGAAGCAGUGACGCCAGCAUCACC